AUGACGCAGCAACUGUUACCAAUCAAGUUUCAAGAACAUUUGCAGCUUACCAAUGUCGGUAUCAAUGCGGCUAACAUCACGUUUGCCACUCUCACCAUGGAGAGCGACAAAUACAUUUGCGUUAGGGAAAAGGUCGGGGAAACAUCCCAAGUGGUCAUUCUCGAUAUGGCGGACACCGCGAACCCCAUCAGGAGACCCAUCACGGCGGAAAGUGCAAUUAUGAAUCCGGCUUCUAAAGUCAUCGCUCUCAAAGGCAAAGCCGGCAUCGAAACGCAGAAAACCCUCCAAAUAUUCAACAUAGAAAUGAAAUCGAAGAUGAAGGCGCACACGAUGUCGGAGGACGUGUUUUUCUGGAAAUGGAUCAGCCCCAAUACGUUGGCUCUCGUCACCGAGACGUCCAUCUAUCAUUGGUCGAUGGAGGGCGAUUCUAUUCCGCAAAAAAUGUUCGACAGACAUUCCUCUCUGAACGGUUGCCAGAUCAUCAACUACCGCACGGACCCGAAGCAAAACUGGCUGCUGUUGGUGGGCAUCAGCGCCCAGCAGUCGCGCGUCGUCGGCGCCAUGCAAUUGUACUCGGUCGAACGGAAGUGCUCGCAGCCGAUCGAAGGCCACGCCGCCUCGUUCGCCACCUUCAAGAUGGAGGGCAAUCCGGAGCCGUCGACGCUCUUCUGCUUCGCCGUCAGGACGCUGCAGGGCGGCAAGUUGCACAUCAUCGAGGUGGGCCAGAACCCGGCCGGCAACCAGCCGUUUCCCAAGAAGUCGGUGGACGUUUUCUUCCCGCCCGAGGCGCAGAACGACUUCCCCGUGGCGAUGCAGGUCUCCACCAAGUACGACGUGAUUUAUUUGAUCACGAAGUACGGUUACAUUCACAUGUACGACAUCGAGAGCGGCACUUGCAUCUACAUGAACCGGAUAUCGAGCGAUACGAUUUUCGUGACGGCUCCGCACGAAUCCACCGGCGGUAUUAUCGGCGUUAAUAGAAGAGGUCAAGUUCUAUCGGUGUCUGUGGACGAGGAGAGCAUUAUUAGAUACAUUAAUACGGUAUUGCAUAACGCUGAUCUAGCACUACGUUUAGCUACUAGAAACAACCUGGCUGGUGCUGAAGAUCUGUUUGUCAGUAAAUUCCAGAUGCUUUUCCAAAACGGGCAGUACGCCGAAGCCGCCAAAGUCGCCGCCAACGCUCCUAAAGGAAUCCUCAGAACGCCAGCUACAAUCCAAAUGUUCCAGCAAGUUCCAACUCAACCCGGCCAAAAUAGCCCCUUAUUGCAAUACUUUGGCAUACUUCUCGAUCAAGGACAACUUAAUAGAUACGAAUCGUUGGAAUUGUGCAAACCGGUUUUGCUUCAAGGCCGCAAACAACUAUUAGAAAAAUGGCUGAAAGAGGAGAAAUUGGAGUGCUCGGAGGAAUUGGGCGAUCUGGUCAAACAAGCCGAUCCCACGUUGGCUCUAUCGGUGUACCUCAGGGCCAACGUUCCGGCGAAAGUGAUCCAGAGCUUCGCCGAAACCGGGCAAUUCCAGAAGAUCGUGUUGUACGCCAAGAAGGUCUCCUACACGCCCGAUUACGUGUUCCUUUUGCGGCAAGUCAUGCGCACCAAUCCCGAUCAAGGCGCCGCCUUCGCCGGCAUGCUGGUGGCCGACGAGGAGCCUUUGGCCGAUAUCAAUCAAAUCGUCGACAUCUUCAUGGAACAGAACAUGGUGCAACAGUGCACCGCCUUCCUGUUGGACGCCUUGAAGAACAACAGACCCACCGAAGGGCACUUGCAAACAAGAUUGCUGGAGAUGAAUUUGAUGUCGGCGCCUCAAGUGGCCGACGCGAUCCUCGGCAACAACAUGUUCACGCACUACGAUCGCGCCCACGUCGCUCAGCUCUGCGAGAAAGCCGGCCUUUUGCAAAGGGCCCUCGAGCACUACACCGAUUUGUACGACAUCAAGCGGGCCGUCGUCCACACUCAUCUGCUGCCGGCCGAUUGGCUGGUGAAUUUCUUCGGAACGUUGAGCGUCGAAGACAGCUUGGAGUGCCUGAAGGCGAUGCUGACGGCUAACAUCAGACAAAACCUGCAAAUUUGCGUGCAAAUCGCCACCAAAUACCACGAACAGCUCACCACCAAAGCUCUCAUCGAUCUGUUCGAGAGCUUCAAGAGUUACGAAGGUUUGUUUUAUUUCCUCGGUUCGAUCGUAAACUUCUCCCAAGACCAGGAGGUGCACUUUAAGUACAUACAAGCGGCUUGCAAGACGGGCCAAAUCAAGGAAGUCGAACGCAUCUGUCGCGAAUCGAAUUGCUACAACGCCGAGCGGGUGAAGAACUUCCUGAAAGAGGCCAAACUGACCGAUCAAUUGCCGCUCAUAAUCGUUUGCGAUCGCUUCGAUUUCGUCCACGAUUUAGUCUUGUACCUCUACAGGAACUCCUUGCAGAAGUACAUUGAAAUUUACGUGCAGAAAGUCAACCCCAGUCGUCUGCCUGUCGUCGUGGGCGGACUGUUGGACGUCGAUUGUUCCGAAGACAUUAUUAAAAAUCUAAUUUUGGUAGUAAGAGGACAAUUCUCGACCGACGAAUUGGUGGAAGAAGUGGAAAAGAGAAACCGAUUGAAGCUGCUGUUGCCUUGGUUGGAGAGCCGAGUUCACGAAGGAUGCGUCGAACCCGCCACUCACAAUGCCCUGGCGAAAAUUUACAUUGAUUCCAACAACAACGCCGAGAGGUUCCUCAAAGAAAACCAAUGGUACGAUUCGCGCGUAGUGGGCCGUUACUGCGAAAAACGCGAUCCUCACCUGGCUUGCGUCGCUUACGAACGAGGCCAAUGCGACAGAGAAUUGAUCGCGGUGUGCAAUGAAAAUUCCCUGUUCAAGUCCGAGGCCCGUUACUUGGUGCGCAGGCGCGACGGCGAAUUGUGGGCUGAAGUACUUCAAGAAAGCAACCCGUACAGACGUCAGUUGAUCGAUCAAGUAGUUCAAACGGCGCUCAGCGAAACUCAGGAUCCCGAAGACAUUUCCGUGACUGUGAAAGCUUUCAUGACAGCCGAUCUACCGAACGAGUUGAUUGAAUUGCUGGAGAAGAUCGUGCUGGAUAGUUCCGUGUUCUCCGAACAUAGGAAUCUCCAGAAUUUGCUUAUUCUUACCGCAAUCAAAGCCGAUGCUACCAGAGUCAUGGAUUACAUUAACCGUUUAGACAACUACGACGCUCCUGAUAUAGCGAACAUCGCUAUAAACAACCAUUUGUACGAAGAAGCUUUCGCCAUCUUCAAAAAGUUCGACGUCAACACUUCCGCGAUCCAAGUGCUCAUCGAGCAAGUCAACAAUCUCGAUCGAGCUUACGAAUUCGCCGAACGUUGCAACGAACCGGCCGUGUGGAGCCAGCUGGCCAAGGCCCAGCUCAACCAGGGCCUGGUGAAGGAGGCCAUCGAUUCGUACAUCAAGGCGGACGAUCCGUCGGCCUACAUCGACGUGGUCGAAACGGCAUCGAAGAACAACAGCUGGGAGGACCUGGUGCGCUACCUGCAAAUGGCCCGCAAGAAGGCCAGAGAGAGCUACAUCGAAUCCGAGCUGAUCUACUCGUACGCCAAAACGGGCCGAUUGGCCGACCUCGAAGAAUUCAUCAGCGGUCCCAAUCACGCCGACAUCCAAAAAAUCGGCGACAGGUGCUUCGACGAUAAAAUGUACGAUGCCGCCAAGUUGUUGUACAACAACGUGUCGAACUUCGCGCGGUUGGCCAUCACGCUGGUGCACCUGAAGGAGUUCCAGGGGGCCGUCGACAGCGCUCGCAAGGCGAACAGCACCAGGACGUGGAAGGAGGUGUGCUUCGCCUGCGUCGACGCCGAGGAGUUUAGGCUCGCGCAAAUGUGCGGCAUGCAUAUCGUCGUGCACGCCGACGAGCUGCAGGAUUUGAUAAAUUAUUAUCAAGACAGAGGUUACUUCGAGGAGUUGAUCGGUCUGUUGGAGGCCGCUUUGGGGUUGGAGAGAGCGCAUAUGGGAAUGUUCACCGAACUGGCUAUAUUGUAUUCGAAAUAUAAACCGGCUAGGAUGCGCGAACAUCUCGAAUUGUUCUGGUCGCGCGUUAAUAUUCCCAAAGUGCUUAGAGCCGCCGAACAGGCGCAUCUGUGGGCCGAAUUGGUGUUUCUGUUCGACAAAUACGAAGAGUACGACAACGCCGUCUUGGCGAUGAUGAUGCAUCCGACGGAGGCGUGGCGCGAGGGCCACUUCAAAGACAUCAUCACGAAAGUGGCGAACAUCGAAUUGUACUACAAGGCGAUCCAAUUCUAUCUCGAUUUCAAGCCGCUGUUGUUGAACGAUCUUCUGUUGGUGCUGGCUCCGAGAAUGGAUCACACUAGAGCUGUGGCUUUCUUCAGUAAAACCGGCCACUUACAGCUGGUUAAAUCUUACUUACGAUCUGUCCAAAAUUUGAACAAUAAAGCGAUCAACGAGGCUCUCAAUUCUCUGCUUAUAGAGGAAGAAGACUUCCAGGGGCUCAGAACAUCCAUAGACGCGUUCGAUAACUUCGAUAACAUAGGUUUAGCGCAGAGAUUAGAAAAGCACGAAUUAACCGAAUUUAGACGCAUCGCCGCUUACCUAUACAAAGGCAACAACCGGUGGAAACAGAGCGUGGAAUUGUGCAAAAAAGACAGGCUGUUUAGAGACGCCAUGGAAUACACGUCGGAAUCGAGAAACCAAGAAUUGGCCGAGGAACUGCUCGCUUGGUUCUUGGACAGAAAGGCGUACGAUUGCUUCUCGGCUUGUUUGUACCACUGUUACGAUUUGCUGCGACCGGACGUCAUUUUGGAAUUGGCUUGGAAGCACAACAUAAUGGACUUUGCGAUGCCGUUCCUGAUCCAGGUGACCAGGGAACUGACGACGAAGGUCGAGAAAUUGGAGCAGUCCGACGCUCAGCGACAAAGCGAAGCGGCGGAGGAGACGAACAAGCCGAUCAUGAUGCCGGAACCGCAACUUAUGCUGACGGCUGGUCCGGGCAUGGGUAUUCCGCCGCAGCAAUACAUGCCCCAACAGACGUACGCCCAAGUGGGCUAUGCACCGCAAAUGGCCUACCAAGGUUAUCCGGGCAUGUAA